GUCGAUGUCUUCUCGAGUUUUGAAGUUUUAGCUUCCUGGUCGACGUAACGGAUGUUACGGUAUUCUCGGAUGAUCGCGCUAUCGCGAAAAAUUACCCGAUUAUCGCUAAUGAUUUUUAUGUCGCAACCGAUAAGAUCCUCCAAGUGAUGCGACAGGCAGGAAAAAUUGCGAUUAACGUAACGGGAUACGAUUUAACGCAACAUUUUUCUUUUCUCUAAAGAAAUAACAGGAUUACGGAAUGUUCGUAGUGGCGAGAUCAAUCGAGCCAAUAAAACAGGCAAUCGAAUUCGAAAUCGUACAGAGGCCGGUAGCGUGCCGCGAAGUUCAAAUCGGGGAACGGGCCGAACUAUUUAGUUCUUUUACAGGGUGGACGCGUAAGUUGACGGAAUGCGAAACGGAGAUUACAGAUGACAAUGAGCAUUUACCGUUCUUUUGCAAAAGCCUGGAGCGAUGUCUGCAAAAAGGAGUUCUCGUUCGGACCAAUGCUCUUGGAUUUCCAAAAUUACCCGAGGCCUGGUAUUGGUUAAAUGAAUCAAGUAACUGGAAAGACAGCCUAUUUUAUGCAUUUUCAACUACGAUAGAAACCGUUAAACAAAGUGAGAAGGUACAAACACCCAUUGGUCGAUUGAGGCUCUUGAUAAGAAAUUGCCUCGUGAGGAAGUCACUCCACGUUCCCAUAGAAUUCCUGGUCAGAACUCCAGCCUUGGCAUUGCAAUUCUAUGAGCCUAACAGUAUACUAGGUGACGAGAUCCUGGGUGAAAUAUUUUUAUCGGUUUUAUACCAAAUAGGUAAAUUGAAUUUCCGGCUGAACUUGAGAAAUGCUAGUUUCUUGGAUGACACUUGGCAACUGCCCGAUUGUAUUUCUCUUGAACUAAUACCUUGCAAGACUUUAGGUAUAUCGGUCUGUUUUAUCAAAGGGAGAGCACUUAUCGUCAACCUAGAGGACAACUCUGUAGCUGCUGAAGAUGAAAAAAUAGAAAUUGGUGACGUCCUUGAUGAGAUCAAUGGUAACGUCAUAACAACAAAAUCUAGGGGAAAGUUGCGUCGGAUAAUGAAAAGAGCGGCUGGGCAACCUGUAGCGAUACAUAUCAUUAAAAAUCGAUACAAGCGAUCCAAUGACUAUUAUGGACCAAUAGUCAACCUGAUGAAAGGGUCUGGUAUCGAGCGCAUCACCCAAUUAUUAAAAAAACCAAAAUCAUCGGAGGAGACAGAAAUUCAGGAAAGCAUUCCUCCUAAGUCAUUAGAUAAGUUAUUAAAUGCAGGCUUCCUUGUUAAAUAUUGUGGAUCCGUCUCUACUGGAACCGAAGGAGACGUCAGACAAAUUGAGCGAGCCAUUUGGCGCUUACUCAGAUCAGGAUCUGCCAAGUCCAUACCAGCUAGGUUCGAAUGUUUAGAAAUUGGAAUCCGAGUCACUCAGGAUUUGGAUGAUAAGGUGAUCCUUAAACAAAACUACAUGGAAAUUUCAUCCUGUGGCCGAACAGCAAACAUUCCAGAUUAUUUUGCCUUCAUUUCAGGGGACACCAAUUGCACUAUGGCAACAAAAUUUGAAGCGUACAUUUUCUAUCACGCUAACGAAGAAGAAAUUCAGACGAUUCUACAAAGUUUGGGACAAGGUUUCCAGAGAACUCAUUUCGCGGUGUGAUCGCUAAUAAGAGUACGAUCCGUUUUAAAAACUGGUUGACAAGGAAUACACAACGCAAAAAACCAGUCCUUCCAUAUACCUAAAAUUAUCUCGAAUCUAGACACGGCAUGCGUAAUUUAUAGAAAUUAUAUAUUUAUGUACCAUAUGAAUUUCAUCCUAUUUACAUGCCCUUUCUUCUCCUAAUAAGUAUUAUUUAUGAUAACAAUUGCA